AUGGGGUUUUAAAAAAAAAUUAUUAAUUUUUAAUUUCAUUUCAGUUUUUUUCUAUAGAAACAAUGAUGAUAACACCGAAAUUUCGUGUGGAACAAGAUUAUAAUAAUCUUUAUGUGAUUAUUCGCAUGGCUAAUUGUCGAAGCUUGUGGUCAGAAAAUUCCUUGGAAAUUUUUCAUCAAAAUAAUGAAUUUAUUUUCUUUGGUAAACCUUCUUAUUAUCUUCGAUUGGAAUUACCUGGUGAAGUAAUAUCAAGUGAUACAAUUAUUGCAGAUGAAAAUUUGGAGAAACAAAAAAACAUUCAAUUCAACUAUGACAGCGAAACGAAUGAGCUUAAAAUUCCUGUCGAGAAAAAAAAUCCAGGCGAACAUUUCGAAAACCUUGAAAUAUUAGAACAAUUAUUGGCCAAAUCGAAAACAAAACCUGGAAAAAAAUUGAUUGAAGUUUUACAAACAAAGGAUUUUAAUCAUCAAAAUGAUUUAGAAAACGACGAAGAUGAAGAAGAAGAAUUUGAUUGGACAAUUGAACAAAAAAUUUCAAACAAUGACCAAGAUGAUAUUCAAUUUAGCCACCAAUAUCCAUAUGGAUUUGCCAACAGUAUGACCAAUAUUAUUAUCAAUGAUAAUGAAGAAGAUUCAGAAAUAUUUGAUAUAAAAAAUCCAGGUAAAAAAUCAUUAGCACAAAGACGUCGGGAACGUUUACGAAAAGAAUUGAAUGAUUUUGAUGAACAAUAUUAUUUAGCAAAUUUAUAUGAUAAUGAUGAUAAAUUAUUGAUUGAUUCAAUGAUUGAAUCACCGUCAUCAGCACCAUGGAAUGAUUGGAAAUCAUCAAAAUCAGCAAUAUUAACCGAUCAAGAACGAAAAUAUAUCAAUGAAAAUAUUAUACCGGAAAAAUAUGAUUUUAUCAGAUAUGAUUCAUCGAGGAAAAAAACCCUGCUACUCAGUUUAUUUGAUAUUUUGUUUGGUUAUUGUUAUGAUCUACGUACAAAUGAUUUUGAACAUACAUGUGAAUCACCGUGGACAAUCGUCAAACUAUCACCAACAUUAAGCUGUUUUGAAUAUUGGUUACCAUUAAAUAAUGAUUAUCAAUUUGAUGAUGAUGAUAAUUCAAUGUUAUUGAAUGAAAAAAAUAUGCCAAAAUUAAUGUUAAUCAAUUGUUUACGUAGAUCAUUAAUAUAUCCAUUAUAUAGAAAUUGGAAAUUAUCAAUCAAAGUGUUAAUGGAUGUUAUCGAUAUUCUAUCUAUCGGUACGAAUGCUAUACUAAAAUGUUUAUUGGAUAUGCAUAAAAUUAUGGCCAUCGAUGGAGAAAAUCGAUCAUUAAUCAAUGAUUUAUAUUUAACCCAUUAUUGUUGUUGGAUUCAACAACAACAACAAAAACAAAAACAACUGGAUCAUUGGUUUAAAUCAUUGGCUAAUUAUCUAUCAACAAUAUGCAAUAAUAACAAAUAUAUUGAUAAACAAACGCUGGGAUUAGAUUUGCUUGUGUUGGAAAAAGCAGCUAAAAUUGCCAUCGAUGAACAACAACAACAACAACAUUUAUCAAAAGGAUUAAAAUAUUUGCUUCAGAUUUCUGAUCAUCGUGUUUCAAUCGAUGAUGAUAGUGAUGAUGAUUGAUUGAUUGAAAUAAAAUAA